AUGGGCAUGACGGCCAGCACUGCGCUUUGCUUCCUCCACUUGUUCAGCGGUGCACGCGACAAGUUGGGCGAGGCGCUUCUGAGAGAGGCGAAGGCUUCGGGAAUCGAGCUCACCAUCGAGACCUUUGCAAAGGAGAUGACCUCACGAACCCGAGCCUCGUGCGAGAGAUCCUGGGAAAGGCCAAGGCUUCCCAUGCACUACCUUUACCAGAUUGCGUUGGCGAGCGGCGGCUGGACAGCCCGGCCCGGUGCGUUCGAGAUCGCACAUCUGCAGGAUGAGGCGGACAAAGGAACUUUGUUCGCGAUCACCUCUGUGGAGAUCCUGGCUGCAGUGGACGCGAGCCAGGCCGUGGACGGAAAGCAGCGACCGGUGACGCUGGAGAACCCGCCUGAGUCGAACCAUCCGGAGGCCGGCUUGGCUUACUACUUGUCUGAGGUGGUGCAGUGGCUGAGCCGAGCCAGGAGCGGAUCGAGUACGCCGAACCUGUGCAAGUGCGGCCGGAGGACCGAUCACCCAAAGGUCGUCGGCACGAAGGCGGCGAAGGACUCGGCCAGCUGCCGCGCUCUGCACCAGCUACGCCAAGCUCGUCGUGGAGGCCUGGCGGAAGGAGGCACACUGGGCCGGCGGCCAAGGAGCCUUCGGCAGCCUCCGAGCUCAGAGUUCGAAGAAGGCCAAGCGGGCGACGCGACGUCUUCGACCGCUUUGUGGCCCGCUUGCCCGGAAGGUGGGGGAGCGCUACGGCACGGAGGGCUUCAAGAUCACGGGCGUGGAGGAAUGGAAAGCAUGACAGAGCUGGAGGCACAGUUUGGGGUGUGCUCACAACGCCCGGAGCUCACACUGAAGAGCCUCCUCCAUUACGACACGCCGGUCAAUGUUGCCUUGCUGGAGGCCUGGACGCAGCUGGCCAAGGACCCGGACCAGGCAGUCAUAGAGUGGCUCAAGUAUGGGGCCCCGCUCGGAGCCAACAUGGGGAUACCUUCGGUCGGCAUCUUCCCACCAAAGGAAGAGGACGCUGAAGCCUGGGAAGAAGCGAAAGCCGAGGCACAGGUCUGGGAGGCCAAGCAAAACUACAGCUCCUUCACCGCGAAUCCCACCGAGUCGACGGAGGAGAUGGAAAGGCUAAUGGACCUGGGCUAUGUGCGAAAGAUCACCGAGGAGCAAGCCGCCAACUACUUCUCCGGGGGGGUCGUCUCGAAGCUGGGCUUGCUGAUGAAACCUAAGGCGGACGGCACAGUGAAGCGCCGCAUCAUCGUGGAUGCGCUUCGGUCGGGGGCCAAUCAGCGGGCCCGUUGCCCCGAGAGGAUCGUCCUCCCUCGGCCGCAGGAUGUGUACACCAUGGCGGCCGACCUCAAAGCACUGGAACCUCAGCUCCUCGAGUGGUACCGGGCCAAAGGGGAACCAACGACCGAGUGGGGAUCCGAGCUCGUGGCCGCAGACCUCACGGACGCCUUCACCCACUUCCCGGUCCACCCGUCGGAGCAUGAGCAAUGCCUGUCGCCAACGGGGGACGGCAAGCUGCUUCAAGGGAUGUUUUGGCAAGCUGAGCUGCAGCUGGCCACCUACAUCGAUGACCCCUUGACGGCACUGGUGGGCUCUCGUCACCGGCGCCUUCGCAACCUCAGCCUGGUACUGUUGACCCUCGGUGCCUUGGGGAUCCGGUUGGCCUGGCACAAGGGAGCCAGGGGCUGCAGAAUCACGUGGAUCGGGGUGAACUUCACCCUCCGUUGGCGCGAGGGGGUGCUGGACAACGAGGUGCCCGACAAGCUUCGUGACGAGCUCCUGGAGAAGCUGGGCAAAUGGGCUGCCGGCAUCUACAAACGGGCUCGGUGGGCCGUCUCCAUGGUCUACGGGGCCAUCACGGCACACGAGGCGGAUGUCAGAUCUGGAGCAGAAGCCACCCGAAGGGCAGCCAGGCGCGACAGCAGGCCCAAGGACCACCUCGUGCCCGUCAAGCGUUUUGAGCUGGCUCGGGCAUGGCUUGAGAAGCUGCUCAAGGAGAGGCGCCCCAGGCCUACGAUGUCGUUGUGGAAGCGGCCGGAGUCCAUCAUGAUAGUGACGGACGCUUCCCCACAAGGUUGCGGUGGCCUUUUGCUCGGGCGCGCCACCACGCAAUCGCCCUGGUCUCCCCUCAAGGCCUACGAGUACCGCGUGGAGCCCAAGGAUGCAGAGCUGCUCGGGAUACUUGGAAGCCUUGGCAAUCUUUCUUGCGCUCCGCGAAUGGGGGGCACUGUUGGCAUCCAUUCGGGUGGGGCUGGCCAUUCACUUUCCACGGUGGCCCUGGCCUUACUCGAGAAAGCAGCCUCCUCUUCGGCGGCCCUCAACCUCCUGGCUGCAGAGAUGGCGCUGCUGCUGGAGAAAUUGCAGGUGGGCGAAGUCGCCCUCUCCCACGUGCCGGGCAAGCUCAAUGUUUUGGCGGAUUGGCUUGCACGACCGGACACCAGAGGUGUUAUGCCGAGUCAGCUCCAAGGAGUCAAGAUAGCCAAUCCCAGCAAGCUCCAGGGGAGCGACUUUUCAUUAGGCUUUGCUAGGUCGCAUGACGCCGCAGAGGCGGGAGCGUCCUGGGCAGCCCUCAAAGGGUGA